UCUUUUUCUCUUUGAUAUCUUUCUUUCAUUCAUUCCUUCUCUAAUCUGGCUGAACUUGGUUAACUUCAUAAGAUCUGUAACUACAGAUACAGAGUAAAGAACUACUGACUUUCUCGAGUCACAGAUCAACUGAAGUGUACCAGUUGUCAAGAUGUGGGCAUCGGUUAUAACACUGUUCGCAUUGCUGAUGGUCUUUAAGAAAUCUGUCGAUGCCGCCGACAAUGGCUGUAACAUUGAACAGUAUGCAGAGAAAGUUGGUUGUUUCAAAAGCAAAACCGAGUCAGGCCAAACUAUACUGACAGAUAAGCUUGUAAAUGCGCGAAAUAGAAAAGGUAAAGCUUAUGGAGGAUUUCUGCUCAACUGGUUCAAAUGGAAGAAAUCAAUAAACAGAAUUCUCUGCCUCUGUGUCGAGAAAGCAAGAAAAAAGGGAUACGAUUUCGUUGGUUUACAUUAUUACGGCGAAUGUCUAAGCGGACCAAACUCUACUCACUAUGCAAGCGGUGGUCGAUCACGCAACUGUCUGCAAGAGUUGCACGCGACAUGCAAUAAAACCAACAAAGAUCACGCUUGUAUGGGCGGAAGACGGACUAAUUACAUCUUCAAAGUGAAGCWGGCAAAUUUAUGAAAUUCACGUCGAAAAAGGAUCCAACCCAGAAACCGCUUACAUGGGGCCAUCACCUAGUCGCGAUAGAAUUAUAUUUUGCUCAAUAGAGCUAAAGCUUGGAAUAAAUUAAACUGUAUUAUAAGAAAGGUCA